GACCUGGACAUAAUGCGCUCCCGCGAUGCCAGCUUCGGCGCACCGGUGAUGGGGCAGGUGCUGCGGGAGGGAGCCCGCAAGCACAUCGGCGACACCGGCCUCAUUGACCAACUGCUGAAGCACAUGACUGGCUGGGCGCCGGAAGGCAGCGUUCACCAGAUCGGUCGCCAGCACAAUGCGGAUGGUGCCAUGGAGUACUGGCUUGAGCCGGCCGAACUUGCUGAGGUACGGCGACAGGCCUGUGUGUCUGAUCCAUACUGGGUGCCACCGCCGGGAUGGAAGCCAGGUGAUAAUGUGUCCCUCGUGGCCAGCGACCUUCAAGUCAAGAGGCAGGUUAAGGAGUUCACGGAGGAGCUCAAUGGCCUGAAAAGGCAAAUGGAGCAAUUAAUGUGCAAGGAAGAUGUCGACUUCGAUGGGAUGAAGGAAUUGUGUGAAAAUGUGGUUUUGAUGAAUCGUGAGCUAAAGGAGAUUUCAUCCUUCAAGGUACAUUCAUGCAGCUAGCUAUGACUUUGACAAUAUCUUUGUUCAUUU